AUGGACUCGACAGAUUCGGUAGUGAUGAUGAACAUGCCCAAUACCAGCGGAGGAGGAUAUCGUUCUUCAAAGUCUUCGUCGUUAUUCACGACUAUUUACAACGCGGUCCACUUGAUAGUUUUGCUCAUCGCGUUCUCGCUGUCGAUUUACGCCGCCAAGACGGUUCGGGACCUUGAAAACGACACUAACGGUGUGACCGGAGUGAGACUCUCGAUUGGAAAACCGUCUCCUUUAGCAAGUAACGAGAAUUCGUUCUCAUUUUUUCGAGGAUCUGGAGUGUGGCAUCAUAAGAGGCGUCUCGAAGGGGGUGCGCGCUCGGAUUUCCAAGCCGUUUCUAUUGAAGGAGAUAAAACGGAUUUCGUUUAUAUUUUCGGAGGCAAGGAUGCGAGCGGGACGUAUCUCAAUACAGUGCUUAGAUACGAUUCCAUCAAUGAUUCAUACGAUUCCAUGAAAAACAUGCCAGAAGCGAGAGCGCGUUACGCCGCAGCUGUCAUGAAGAACGACCUGAAUCAAAACGAAGUUUGGAUCCUUGGCGGAAUCUCCGCUGUUACCCCGGGCGUGGAUGGCGGAUACGACGAGGAUACCGACAAGGUCUGUCCGAUGGUUUAUAACGUCGACACGGACACGUGGAGAACAGAAACAGGAACACGUUGCUUGCCAUCAGUCGUCAAAGAUGCAUGCGCGGCUACUGGAUCUAACAACGCUAUUUAUCUCAUGGGUGGUUACGGAGUAGACUAUUCGGUAUUGAACUCGGUGUAUAAGCUCGCUGGACCGUUGUCUUCCGAGUGGGUCAAAACUUCGGAUCUUCCGGAUCCAAGAGGGGACGUGAGCUGCGCGGCGUUGAAAAACAGUAUUUAUCUCGCAGGAGGCUGGCACGAUACCCUAACCGGUGUGGCGGUACCCUAUGUGAGUCAGUCAAAGCUCUAUUCGCUCGACGUGUUGACGGACGUUUGGACGUCGACGCACGCUGAAAUGAAGAACAGCAGAGGCGAUUUUCAACUCGUUGCCAAUCCAAUCGCGAACUCGUUGCUUGCAAUUGGGGGCGAAACGAACACCACCCAUAACAUUGGGGGCGAAACGAACACCACCCAUAACAGGGCUACCCAGCUUGCCACGCAUCAUGUCGAGGAAUACUUUGUUGCUCACGACGCUUGGGAGGAUCGCCAAUUGAUCCCCACCGCGAGAUUUCGAUUCGGCGCCGCGUUCAAAAAUGGCGUUUUCCACGCAUUCGGGGGUCACGUGCACGGUGGCAAUCAUGCAGACGCCUUAUCUUCCCACGAGGCAUAUUAUCCGCUCGAUCACCCAGACGUCUGGGUGACCGUAACGAGUUCAUGA